AUUGUACGGACGUCCCAAUGAUCCCGAAUAGCACAAGCGAUGUUCCAGCCAGACAACCUCGCAGAAAGGGAAACGCCUCUGGACGAGCAGAAUGUAACGACGUCUCUGAUUGGACSUGCAGGAUGUAACGACGUCUCUGAUUUGCCGAAAGCAUUGGCGCUUGUGAGCAUCUAUUUUGAACGUAAAUACAGUCAGCUGCAGUUACUUCCUCAGAACUUGAGUGGGGCCUGUCAGGGAGAGGACACAGCUGUGCAGCUCUCUGACAGAAUAUAAAGUCUGUACUUUUAAGCCAAGAUGCUGUUCUAAAUUGUGGUUUUCCAAGACGGGGUCUGCAAACAGCUUGCCAUGGUUGUUUUGCAUUUAUUACUCUUCACACUCAUUCUGCAAGUUUCCUAAUUUGGUUAGCUAGCUUGAUUUUUUUCGGCCUGUGUAUUUUCACCGAUAUUUUGGCCUUCUUUAACAGGCAUCUAAAUUGAAUUCCAUUCAAGGAACUAUCAUUGGAUUUACCUUGUAAAAAUGGAAAACGUUACCAAAGAUUUCAGUCCAGUCACCUUGACCAGCAGGCCCGACAGAGUCUCCGGGCUUUCCUCGAUGUCGGACAUGAUGAUGGCCUCGCCUUGCAUCAACAAAAGUCUCUUCUCUCCUGGACCCACAAAUGUACUGUCUCCCGUCACUAAUCUGGCCCUAAACAUGAACAAUCUAGCUGGACUUGGGAGGUCUUGUAUGGAUCCCCAGCCCCAUGGACCCCAUUCAGUUGAGGAGACGUUUGAGAAGGCCAUUCUUCAUUCUGGAAGAGUUGUCAAUGAUAACAUGCCAAUCCGAAGAAUCAACUCUCUGCCACUGCAGCUGCCAGACUUCAGCCCGGCUCUGAAAGGUCCGGUCCCAGGGAGCCCGAGUCAGCAGCGCCACGGGGCUUUCGGACGGCUCGGCUCAGCCCAGGAUACAGCCGCCUCCUCUGAGCACAGCGUUCACGGUGGACAGGGAAACAAGGAGAACCGGGAAAGCUUUGAGUUUAAGAAGCCUUCCAAGCCCAUGUCACCCUGCCGUAUGAGGUCCUUCCAUAGUGAAGGGGAGGAGAACAAGGACUUUGCCCCCUGGCCCAAGGACUUUGGCCCAGAACUCGUGCUAUCUCCGUCCAAACGCCUCAGCUCAUUGGAUGACAGAAGACCCGUCUUCCCGCAUCGCUGCUCCCUUGACGAUGACGACGGUUUCCUUGACGUUCUGGAUGACCGUGAGGAGGAGUGUGACAUGCCCAUGGGGAUGUCCAGCCUGCUGACCGCUCCGCUUGUGAAGGACCGCACCGCGCCAGGAGAUGACUCGCCGGUGGUUCGUUGUCGGCCGCGGGGUCUGUUCCGCUCGCCCUCCAUGCCCAGCCAGGCGGACCGCACACCUCUGAAGCGCCCCCAGGACGAGAACACGCCGGUCAAAGUGAAGAGACGACGCAGCCUGGCGGAAACUCAUGGCACCACCRUGGACCAGGACGACUGCUCUCCCRGCAAGAUG